AUGGCUCCAGCCGACCCAACAUAUCCGUUCUUACCCAUCGCUGGCCUACUAGCUGCGGUGAUGCUACUGCUCGUUCUUCUGACGAGCUUUGUAAGACAAAGCUGGAAUCUCGGUGUCGUGUUUCUAUGCUUCUGGCUCUUCCUCGAUAACAUCGUCGUUUCCACCAAUGCCAUCGUAUGGUCUGACAAUUCUGACAUCAAAUACUACACAUACUGUGACAUUGCCACACAUGUACAGACGAUCACAAACGUGGUUAGGCCCAUGGCGACCCUUAUCAUCAUCCGCCGACUGUAUCUGAUCACAAGUCUCCGGUCUGUCGAGCUCCCAGACAAGGCUGCGAAACGAAGAAACCGUGCAAUAGAAUGGACGAUGGGAUUGAUCAUACCUCUCGUUGUGGCGGGCCCUUUGUACUACGUUAUUCAACUAUAUCGAUUCGCUGUCCUCGAAGGGUUUGGGUGCACAUCCAUCGUAGAAAGCUCGGUAGUCGGUAUCUUGCUGCAGUGGUCGUGGAGCGUGAUGUCUCCACUUCUUUCCAUCACGAUAUACUAUCCGAGAGUGAUACGGAUUUUGUAUCUCCAAAGGCGGGACAUGCACGAAUUCCUGCAAAGCAACAACUCAGUGUCGCGAUUCAAUUACUUCCGCAUCUUCGCUCUGGCAAGCAUAGACAUCUUGUUGACUUUGCCCAUCGGCGUCGUGAACAUAGUUCUGUUGGUGACCGGGGAGCUGUCUUACUGGGGCACCUUCCCCAUUUAUGAAGGUUGGACGACCAUACACAGCGGUUGGGGGCCGAUCGCGAUAUCUGGAUCACAGGUCAGUAGGAUACAGAUGUAUUUCUCGCGCUGGACGUCUCCCGUCCUCUCUUUUGCAAUCUUCGGUCUUUUCGGAGCCACCAAGGAAGCUCGUGCAUCGUACUGGCUUACAUUUCGCACGGUGGGGGGUUGGUUCGGCUGGAAGCCGACCCUUCGCACACGCCGAACGGCGCGUUCACCGCUUGGCACUAUGGAGUUCGGGGGUCGAGCGCAGGAACCCUCGAUCGACCUCGAGAUCGGAUCGAGACCAAGCUUCAUCGACCAAGGCGUCCGCGCUAAAGAGGAGAGCGGGGCACUCAAACGCAAGUUAACAGAUUGUGGAGUUGAGCUCAGGACGGACGUGGAGAAGACAGAAGGCUCUAUUCAUGAGCUCAGAGCAUAG